GCAAUUGGUUUAACACCUGAUUUUGGCACCAGGUGUUCUGGGCAGGGAGCUCAAGAUGUGAUCGAAUGUUCCCUUUUGUGAGCACAGCCGGCAGUUCCGGGUCGGAUUUUAAGAGAACUCAUGCCUUUUAUCAUAACCACGUCUGAUGAUUACAAUAAACCAAUCGGUGACAAAAUCUGUAAAGACUUCAACGAGUUGUGAUUAAUUCAUUGGAGCCAAACAUAAUUACUUUUAGAGGUUAUUCGCCUCAGUGGUGGCACCCAUACUGAAGGGGGAGUAGGAGAGCACACGGGUUCACAGUGGUACCAUUCUUCUUCUUCUUUUUCACAGCCGCCUAGCUUUUCUUUGAUAUGAAAAAUUAAAGCCAGAUCGCAUCUGACUGUAUAGUUCACUAACGGUAGGGGAGGUGACAAAGUUACACCAGCUUGUGUGCACUGUGCCAUCUACAACGGUUUCUUUGGAAAGAUCACCCUCAGCAUUAAAAAGACUCAAAACAUUCAUUCGGAAUUGAACUUGAGGGCAGACUUGAUUUACUAGGAUUAAUCUCGAUUUAGACUUCAGAGAGACUUUUAAGGCUCAAAGAAGAAAAGUGAGGACAGGAAAGUACAGAGAUAAAGGUGCUGAUAUGUGUACAUGAUGAGCAGUUUGGGGGAGAACUCCAUGGAACCUCUGAUCGCAGAAAACCGGAAACGCAAACUCUCCACCUGCGACACACCAGGCCUCGGGAGUGACAGGAAGCGGCGGGAGCAGGAAAGCAAGUACAUCGAGGAGCUGGCUGAGCUGAUCUCUGCCAACCUCAGCGACAUCGACAGUUUCAAUGUCAAACCGGACAAAUGCGCCAUCCUCAAAGAGACGGUGCGGCAGAUCCGACAGAUCAAAGAACAGGGAAAGGCUUCCAUCAGCGACGAUGUUCAGAAAUCUGACGUUUCCUCAACGGGUCAGGGUGUCAUUGACAAAGACCACCUAGGGCCUCUUCUACUGCAGGCUUUGGAUGGCUUCCUGUUUGUGGUGAACCGAGAGGGCAGCAUCGUGUUUGUGUCGGACAAUGUGACACAAUACUUGCAGUACAAGCAGGACGAGCUCAUCAAUACCAGCGUCUACAACAUUCUACACGAAGAAGACAGGGAGGAGUUCCACAAGAACCUGCCCAAGACCAACAUAAAUGGAGUGUCGUGGGGGAACGAGGCAGCCCGACAGAAGAGUCACACCUUCAAUUGCCGAAUGCUUGUCAAAUUUGGCCACGCCCAUGGCGCUUUGGAGGAAGGACCAGGAGGACCAUCCUAUGAGACCAUGCAGUGUUUUGCCCUUACGCAGCCAAAAGCCAUGAUUGAGGAGGGUGAAGAUCUGCAGUCAUGUAUGAUCUGCGUGGCCCGUCGGGUUACCGCGAUGGAGAGAACAGAGAGUUUCAAUACAAGGCAUGAGCUUUCAGGUAAACUGAUCCAGAUUGACCAGAACUCUUUGCGAGCAUCAGUGCGUCCAGGCUGGGAGGAUUUAUUGAGGCGUUGCAUCCAGAUGUUCCUCCAGCAUAGUGACGGGCAACCCUGGUCCCACAAACGGCACUAUCACGAGGCCUUUUUGCAGGGCCACGCCGAGACACCGCUUUAUCGCUUCUCCCUGUCCGACGGCACGCCGGUCACUGCCCAGACAAAGAGCAAACUGUACCGUCACCCAAUGAGCAACGAGCCACAAGGCUUCAUCUCUACUCAUCUCCUUCAGAGAGAACCGAAUGGUUACCGCUCAGCUCAGGGUGGUAACAUGAUGCCCAACAACAUGAGACAGCAGGCCAUGGGAGGCCCCAACCCAAAUGCUCAAAUGAACAUGAACCCCAGUGGUGGGAUGGUGAUGGGGGGCAUGGGUGGCAUGAACAGGGGCUUUGGAAUGAACGAGCACGGGCACAUGGGCCACAUGGGUCAGAUGGGUCAGAUGGGCGGAUGCUCCGCAUAUGGAGGGAGUAGUGGGGGUGGAGCCAUGGGUAACCGCAUGAUGCAGAUGAGUCAGAUGGGACAUAUGAGUCCAAUGAAUAACCCAAGCCAAGGCAUGCAGCACCAUCCACAUCAGCCCCCCUUUCAGAGUAGUGGGGGCUUCGGGCUAAGUGGUUUGAACAGCCCUUCAGGAAGCCCUCGGAUCGGCGCUCCCCAAUCGGGGCUCUUAAUGUCACCCCGAAAUCGAGGAAGUCCAAAGAUGGGUGCCAAUCAGUUUUCUCCCGCAGGCAUGCACUCUCCCAUGGGUGGCAUUUGCAGUGGCGCAGGAGGCGUUGGGAACACGACAACCUACUCCAGCAGCUCCCUUAACGCCUUACAAGCUAUUAGUGACGGAGUUGGGAACUCAGUCCCCGCCACACUGAUGUCUCCUUCGUCCGUCCAUAAACCAGAUAGCUCUCCAAGUGUCCACUCCUCCUCUUCCUCCCAGCCAAACCAAAUGGGCAAACCAAGCCAGGAUGGAUCCAAAAGCCCAGCGGGAGGCUUGGGGUCGGGGCCCGGGCCCAUGCCUGUGCCUGGCGACCAUCUCCACCCCUUGCACCAUCAUCAGCAUUCGCAAGCUGAAGGCUCUGGAGACAGACCCGACAGCCAGGCAGCUGCAACACCUAAAGAGUUGGGAGACGGGGGCAGCGAGACUCCUGCGGCAAUGUCGGAGCCAACUCGAAGGCUACCAGAAAGUAAGGGCCACAGAAAAUUGCUGCAGUUGCUGACUUCACCAACUGAGGAGCUCGUAAUGGGUGGAAGUGGACCUCCAGUGCCUCCUGCUCCACAGCCAUUAAACAGUAGUACUCCGGCAGCCUCUGAAAGUAAAGACCCCGUUGGGGGGAUGACGAGCCCUUCGUCCACUGGGGUGUCCUCCUCUUCCUCUGUUAAUGCUAGUUCAAACCAGACAAGUGGGCUAGGGGGGUUGUCCACAUCAGCCAACUACACAGGCUCACUCCAAGAAAAGCACAAGAUUCUCCACAAGCUGCUCCAAAAUGGCAAUACACCUGAUGAAGUAGCAAAGAUCACAGCCGAGGCUACGGGGAAGGUGGCACUCGGCGGCCAAGAGGGCAGUGAAGUAGGUCCAGGAGUUUCGGGGUCCGGGAGCGGCCCCGGCUUAAUCACUGAGCCCAAGCAGGAGCAGCUCAGCCCCAAGAAGGAGAAGACCCAUGCCCUUCUCCACUAUCUCCUCAACAAGGAUGAUUCCAAAGAGCAAGUGGACGUCAAACCCAAACUGGAGGAGCUUGAUGGCAAGGGACCCUUGAUGACUUCUUGCGGUCCUUCACGCGGUGGCCCUGAACAUCAUGAAAGCAAGAUCAAGUCAGAACCACCGGAUGAUUUGCACAACCUUGAGUCUAUCCUGGGAGACCUGAGGGGGACCAGCUCUGAUUUUUACUCAGAUCAGGCAGGAGGCACUGUGCCAAACGACGGCAACAAAGCCCUGGGCUGCCUUGAUGACAGUCUUCAGGAGAGUCCAGGUUUGGGUCCAGGGCCUCGAGUGCCCUUCCAGCGGGCUUUGUCCAUGAACGGGAAGCCUUCUGGUGGCCUUGGAGGACCAGGAAGGCGCCCCAUGCCUGUCAAGCAGGAGAAUAUGAUGGGUAGCCCAGAUGGCUACCCAGGAAAUAUGGGACCAAUGAAUAGGGCCAUGGCAACCCAAAGGUCUCCCAUGGGGGCAUCUGGAGACUGGGGAAUAUCCCGCUCCAGUCCCAGUCCGGUGGGUUCAUCUGUUCACCCCACCAUGAUGCGUCCCAAUAUGGAGUACAACGGUAGCAAGGGAAUGAUGACAGGCCCCGUGGUGAGCCGCUCUAACAGCAACCCUGGAUCCAGGUCUAUGUUACAGCAGCAGCUCAUGGAUAUGGGUGGCUCCCCUGACAUGGUGAUGAGUGUGAGCUCCUUCAGCCAGCAUGGCCACGCCAACCCCGCAUGGCCGGACACACUCAUGGGGAUGGAAGGCAACAGACGCCAGUUUGCAAACACCUUAGAUGAACUUCUGCCGCCACCCACUAACAGUGAGGGUCAGAGUGACGAGCGGGCGCUCCUCGACCAGCUGGAUUCCCUUUUGAACAACACAGAUGGCACCGCUCUUGAGGAGAUAGACAGGGCUCUCGGCAUCCCAGACCUUGUCAGUCAGACCCAGGGAGCAGAACAAUCGCUGGAGCCUUUCACGGGACAAGAACCUUCCAUGGUUCUGGACCAGAAACCGCUCUAUGGACAAGGCUAUCCCGGACCCCCAACCAUCGCCAUGCAGACCGGCUAUGGAGGCAACCCUAUGCAGGGGCAACCUCAGCAAGGUGGAUUUGGACCCAUGCUGUCGCAAAUGGGCCAAAGUAAUAGUUUCCCUGUCCCUGGCAUGGGCGGGAUGGGGAGCAUGGGGCACCCUCGUGCCAACAUGAUGAGGCCCAGGAUGAUGAGUGCGAACAAACCCAUGAGGCUCCAGUUGCAACAAAGGCUGCAGGGACAGCAGUUCAUGAAUCAGACACGGCAGGCCAUGGGCAUGAAGUUGGAGAAUCCUGGAGGCAACCCUGGCAUGAGGCCUGCUAUGCAGACAGGAAUGACUGGACAGGGGUUCCUGAAUGCUCAGAUGAUGGCUCAGCGCAGCAGGGAGAUGGUGACCAUGCAGAUGAGAAGGCAGCGCAUGAUGAUGCUGAUGCAACAGCAGCAGCAGGCAGCUGCCGGUGGAUUCAGCCCCCCGCCUAACGUCACCGCGCCUGGCGGCAUGGACAAUAGUGUGGCAGGACCAAACAUGGGUCAGCCUGGUCCUCAGCAGUUUGGUUAUGGAGGCAAUUACGGUAUGAGCCAGCAGGGAGACCCCUCAUUUGGCCCAUCCGUUGCUAACAGUCCCCCGAACGCCAUGAUGACGGGCCGCCUGGGGCCUCAAAGCGCCAUGAUGCAGCAACACCAACAGGGCGGUCCCAUGUACCAGGGCACCGAAAUGAAGGGCUGGUCACAGGGAGGCGUGGGACGCAGCAGUUCGUACCCUCCGCAGCCGUUUGGCCAACAAGUGCCUCCAGGACAGCAGCAGUUCGGGCAGCAAGGAAAUCCUGGCGGCUAUGGAGCCAUGAUGAUGAACGGUGGCAUGGCGACCAGUGGAGGAGCAGCUCACAUGGGUCCGAUGGGAGGACAGAUGGGCAUGAAUCCAAUGGUGAUGGGGCGUAUGAUGGGCCAAGAUCAGAAAUACUGCUGAGCGUCAUGGAGGACAUCUUGGUGUGUGGGGAAAACUCAUCACUAGGGUCGCAAGCCUUUGGAUUGAUGCCUUGGGGGCAGACGGCGGGGGAAGUUCUUCAGUGCUUGUCAAACUCAACAAACACCAGGAUACACACACACACACACACACACACAUUCAAAUACCUUUGCAAUACCCCGCUGAAUGCAGUUUGAUAUUUGUGUCCGAGCAGGUGGUCAUGUAGACACUCUCCACUUGUCGGGCGGUGUCAGUGGGCUUGAGGUGCCCGCGGCAUGGAUGUCGAGAUGGCCUGUUUUAAGCGUAGCUCCGAAGUCUCCUUUGUCGAAUGUACCGUGAGACUUCAUUUUUCUCAUGGCCGUUCUUUCCUACGUUUUCUCGCUUCCGACGGCGGUGCCAACAUGAAAGAUGGUUGGAGAGCUGAAAUAAGCCAGCGGAUCGUGACACUCGGAUGAAUGUCGGUAAAGAAGCAGCACAUUGUUUCAUCCUCCGAGGCUCGACGGGCUAGCGUUAAACUGAAUUUUACUUGUUGGCUGAUUGCACUUUAAGGAGAGGCCAGCAUCAACAGGAUUGUGGCAAUAUAGAGGCCUUUACUCAAAUUUGAACACAUCGUGGAAGAUAUUUUCGGUUUUGUUGAACGUUUGGUCGAAGCGGGAUUUUUUUUUUGGUGUGGUAUCAGAAAUGGGCUUGAGGAUCUCGUUCUGAAGUGGGAACCAUUAGAGAGGUAGCAAGCACAGAUUUUACAACAACGCUCUUGUAGUCAGUGAACCAAUUUAUUAUAAGAGAAGAAAUUAAGGGUGGGGCGGGGGAAGAGCAUUUUAAAAACACAACUGGCGUAUAUUUAUACAGAUUCAAGAGGAGGUCCUUUUAUCAAUCCAUAGGAAAUUUUUAAAAUCUGAAAGUUGAAGAUAUUUUGCUUACUUAAAAUGUCAGUGUUUAAACAUACAGAAAUUGACAAGUGGCCAAGUGUGACGGUGAUGUGUAUAUAAAUUCACACUGUAAAAUCACUAGAUUUCUAGCAAUAAUCUUUCCUCCUGGUUCUCGUCUGUGUUGAAGCAUCAGUUCCUCAGAGUGGCGGUACUGCAGUAUUAGACACAAUGUCUUGUUGGAUUUCCUUUAUUGUUGAUAGUCAUUGUAAAUAGACUUCAAAUGUACUAUAAAGUAUAGAAUUAUAUAUAUGCUUUUGUAGGUCACAUACUUUUUUGCACAGAUUGCAAGGCUUCAUAUUUGUCUUAUUCCAUCAUAGGUCAGCUUUUAUUUUAAAGACUUGAACACUUGGUUGGAAAGAGAAAUCCUCUAAUAGUUUUGAAAGCAGUACGUGUGUAAUUUCUUUCAUACCGUACUUGCAUCUUCUUAAAAAGCACUUUUUGUUGUAAUUUUCAAAUCAGUCUUUUCAAUUUUUUAGGGCAUCAGAUUUGUUCGAGAGGUGCUAAAAAAAAAAAAAAAAAGUUAAAAGAAAUAUUUGGAAGGCUUUAUCUACAAUAUUUUCUGAAAGAUUUGUUUUAGGCCAAUGCACUUCAUCAAUGGGUGGGAGUAUUUUCUUUGAAUUGAACAUCAUUUUUCGAUGUAACUCUCACAUGAGAUUAAGGCUGUCAUUUGAAUUUCACCAGUGGGCUCUUUGCACAUAGUGGCACGACGCCAUAGCCGUUAACGACAAUGCGGUUUGGCAAACUACCAACAAGCCAUGUAAUCGUUAGACUCAAAGUAAACAACAGAGUAGGAGUCAUGAAAAGAUGAGCUCAACGAUUGAACUGCCACUGAUGAAACUUUUAGAAUCAAUCAUCGGAUCGAUCGCUCCCCGGUUGACAAUGUGUUCUUUUUCUUUUAUGGGAAAUGUCUAACAAUGAAAAGCACACCCCUACAAAUAACCCUUCGGUUUGCCACAGUUGUAUAUUACUGUAUAUUAAAAUUAUAUUCGCUUCAAAGGGUUCAUUUCCGGCUCAGGCCUUUCUGUGUGGAGUUUGCAUGUUCUCCCCGUGCCCGCGUGGGUUUUCUCCGGGUACUCCAGUUUCCUUUCACAUUCUAAAAACCUGCGUAGCAGGUUAAUCAAACACGAAUCAAAUCUUUACCAGUGCCAAGGCAGUAUCUAGGGGUUGUUUAAAACAUGUUCAAAAAGAGAGAAGGAAUCACUGAUUUUAUAGCAAUGUUUGGAUGUCGAUGUGUGCCCUGCAAUUGACGAGUGGGUGUACCCCACCCCACUGUCCAAACAUGGCUGGAAAAGGCUUCAGCACGCCCGCAACCCCGGUGCGGAUAAACGCAUUGGAAAAUGGAUGGAUGGAUGAUUUUAUCGCACAUUUCAUACACAACUUUACUCAAUAUGCUUUCCAUGUUUUCAUUAAAAGUGCAAAAUUUAAAAGCAGACACAGCUAACCAAAAUUAAUAAAAGUGUGUCAAGUGCAAGAACAAGAUAUUUGAAAACAUGAUUUAAAAAAACUCUUUGAAAGACCUUAAUCGGAGUUAUGG